AGGAACCAGGACGAGAUGUGAAGUAUGGGGGAAAUUAAAUGGUUCUACCUGUAACAUCAACUACCUCGUCCCAUUAGAUACUGGUCUGUACUGGUGUGAGUCCAUGUCUGGAUCCUCCAGCAGCAGCAGCAGCAUCCAGCUCUCUGUCUCUGGUGGAUCAGUGAUCCUGCAGAGUCCUGUCCUCCCUGUGAUGGAGGGAGAUGACGUCACUCUGAGCUGCAGAGCAAAGAAUUCAACCCACAACCUCCCAGCUGCUUUCUAUAAAGAUGGCUCCUUCAUUGGUGAUGGACCAUCAGGUCACAUGACCCUCCUCCAUGUUUCCAGCUCUGAUGAAGGCCUCUAUAAAUGUAACAUCAGCCGUCAUGGAGAGUCUCCAUCCAGCAGGAUCUCUGUCAAAGGUCAGAGGUCAAGAGGCCUGAAAAUAUUGUUAAACUUUGGUUUUCAAAAGAAAUUGUUUGGCAAUUAUUUAAUAAUAAACUUUAUUUUAGAGAAACCAUCAACCACUUCUGGUCCUCCACCAUCUCCAUCCUCUCCACCUUCCUCCCAGUCUGGUCUCUUCAUCCCUCUAUCAUCUGUGAUUGUUGUGGUUUUCCUGCUGGUUCUACUGGUUCUGCUGGUUCUGCUGGUUCUGCUGGUGAGACGACGUCUUCAGAGAAAACCUGAAGGAAAUCAAGACGUUGGAGAGGAAAGUAUCACUUACAGCGACAUCAACGUUUCUCAUCAUCCACGACAGAAAAACAAAUCAAAUGAAGAUAUUUUUACAGUUGCAGUUUUUUCUCUGAAGUUCAGGAAGAAUCAGUAAUAUUCUGAGAUCAUCCACCAGACCAGAACCAGAGACCUGCUCUGACCGGAUCAGAACCAGAGAUCGGCUCUAACCGGAUCAGAACCAGAGACCUGCUCCGACCGGACCAGAACCAGAGAUCUGCUCUAACCGGACCAGAACCAGAGACCUGCUCUGACCGGAUCAGAACCAGAGUUGAAAAUCAUCUGAUGAGUCGUUGGAGUUUGAACUGUCAGAAUUGGACCAGAAAA